CUGAUUAAUCUGCGCGUGGAAGGAACCCAACAAACCAUCUUCGAAGGACUUGUCUUCACACAGGGGCACAACGUUACGACGGCCUUGGCUGGCACCUUAACUGCGACGAGACAAACAACGGGAAGAACCCCUACCCGGGCCCAACAUGCACGAGCGCAUUGGAUGAUGCAGCACGCCUUUUGGGCUUCUCCUGGGACGGCACAUACUGGGCGGAAUACGAUGACAUCUUCAUCACACGCAUCGGCAGCACGAACUACACGUUCGCCGCGGAUUAUCCAUCCUGGGCGAUACUUCUGGACUUCCAAUACACCCCCUGUCGGAGGUUGCCAACAGGAGAUGGAAGAUGGCGCGGACAUCCUGUUCGCUUGGGCAGAUUUCUACAGUACGCCUUUCCUGUCGCUAAGCUUCAACCGUUCAAAUGCGACCGCGUACGUAGUCGAAGUAGGAGCGGGGGAGAACGUGACGCUGCUCGUGACGGACGAUUCAACGGGUGACGCAAUCUCUGGCGCGGAGGCAUUUCAGAUUGACGGCGGAGGGAAUGUGACGAGCAUGUCAGAUGAGGAGGGCAGAGCCAUCUUGAACUUUGCGACUAUGGGAUUGAAGACAUUCAAGGCUUGGAAGGAGGAUGCUGUGCGAUCGAAUCUUUCAGAGCCACGUAUAAUAAGUGAACAAGCAAACUGACCAUGCGUGAAUCCCCCGCAUUUUCACCACCUUUCCGUCGCAAGCGCCCUAGUCGGUGGCAAUAUUGCUACUGUUUUCGAUAAUCAGGAUCAAACAAGGUUGUCUGCUG